AUGGUCGGCGGUGGCCCAGUGGCUCCCCACUCGGCUAGCGGCGGCACCGGCAGCGGCAAUUGCAGAGGUGAUGUAUGCUCAGUCUGGUGCGCCAGGGAGGCUCCCCUCGCCAACAAAAGGCUAUUCUACUCCCUCGCCCCCCCUCCCCAGACUUCGAAAAAUUCUCUCUCUCUCUCUCUCUCUCUCUCUCUCUCUCUCUCUCUCUCUCUCUCUCUCUCUCUCUCUCUAUCCAUCUAUCUCUGUCUGUGUCUCUGUCGUUCUUGCUCUCGCAACCCUAAAUUCUACAAAACCUUCUCGUACGCACGAGGGAUCCUGACGGUGCUCGUGCGACGGGUUGUAGACGGCGUUUUACCCCUUCGGACAAGGUGAAACUCGCGCAGUCUCAGACCGUCCCGUUGCCGGAAUCGAAAAGGACAAGGAUCGAUAGAGGGUCGCAAUUUUCCGAGGACAACCGAUCCGCAGGGCUGCCUGCUGCGCCGGUCCCGGCCGUCUUCUCUCGAGCUCCCCCUGCGGGCAGAGCUCUCUGUAAUUAACACGCUGGUGAGUGUUAUCACCAGGUCGAGGUCGUCCCUCGACUCCUGUCAAGGUCAUCCUAAGCAGCCGUGCGAUGGAAUCCAGGGGAUUCCCCCAUGCCCGUGGCUACGCCGCAUGUUCCUUCCGACGUGUAUACCCAAACACCAGGAAGAGGGGGCAGAUCUGGGAGUGGAGAACCUGCCAGGGAGCCGCGCCUGAGCAAUGGGACCCCGAAGCGGUUGACUCAUCCUUUUGUAUCGCGGGAAGACUAAUUGGAAACCCUAGCUCGUGAGGUUUUCGCGGUUCAAACUACCAGAUAAGUGAAGUACAGAGAGUACGUGAGAGUUUUCACGCACUACGGGGAUGGAGAGAGAGAGAGAGGGUGGGGAUCUUUCCGGUAAAGCUUUUGGCUGCGGCAAUAAAUUCUUUCCGUUUCACAAGCUCGAUACCGCGACGGUGAGGGUCAGUCGUGGACUAGGGGACUCGGCUUCCCUCUGACUUGUCAGGACGUCGGAAAGGUAGCUUCACGGACGAGCGAACGGGCAAGCCAACGAAGGGAGAGAGAGAGAGAGAAUUGAGAGUGAGAGUGGGGACUGUCUCAGUCUGCCAAUGGGGACAGAAGUAACGAGCGAGGAGAAACGUGAACGGGCCUUGUCAUGUGCAUGCAAACGUCUUGACCUCCAUCCCCCCGCCCCACCCUCCUCCUCGUAAAAUAUCCCCCCGUAAACAAAUCAACAUUUUCCCUCCCUUCCUAUCGACCCUAUGAAGCUCGAGAGUUCCCACUACGAGAUACAUAGAGAGAGGGAGAUAGGGGUGGAGAGAGAGUAAGCGAGGCGAGAGAGAGAGGGAGAGAGGAGUCGACAAUUAUGGCCUAAUCAUUCGGGUCUCAGAGACCUGGGGGGAGGGAAAGGUUCUACCCUUUUCACCUCCUUCCCCCUUUGCAGUGUUGUCCUCUUCAAGCGACCGUAUUCUGCAAACCUAAUUUUUUCUUCUUACUGUUGGUUGGUCUCCUCUCUCGCUCUAGCCGUUCUAACCCUUCGUUCCACCCUGCCUUUACUCCGUCGGGGGCCGGGGAGAUCGACGCGCCAUCCUCAGUCUUUUCCUGCUGUCAACACCGACACCUUAAAAUAUUCGACAGACCGAAGCCCCAGAAAAAAAGAGGGAUGAUGAGGCAAACAAACAAAAAAAGAUACCCGUCUCAGUCCUGGGUGGGCUCCCGCUGACAGUCUCUCCGGCCAACCCAUGUACAUCCGUCAGAGGAGAGAGAGAAGAAGGGUGACACGGGGAGGAGGAGAGAGAAAAGUGGCUGGGUUUGGCAGAAGGAAGGAGGCGAUGGUGGACCCCUCACAGCUGGGUGGCUCUAUCUCUAAUCCCCCGGGCUGUCGACUCCAUUGUGUGAAGAACGGAAGGCUGGGAGGGUAGAGGAGGAAGAAGAGAGGAGCCGUGUGGGACAAAGUGGACCGGGAGACCGCGACUGGGGAGAAGGAGCCGCCCUCGCAAGGAGUAGCAGCAGCUGGAACUGGAAGAGAGGGAGAAGACUUCUCCUAUCUAGUUAGCCUAUCAUUCUCACUCUCUCUCCCUCCCUCCCUCUCUCUCUCUCUCUCUCUCUCUCCCCCUUCUUUCGCUCUCUGCCAUAUAUCCAACCGCGGGGAGAAAACGAAUGGUCUAGCUUUAGAGAAUUUUACUUGGAUUCGUCUUUCUGCUUGUUGGGUGCAUCCCUAAUCCAUGAUUCAGAGGGUAAGUUUCUUUCUUUUUGGCCUGUCGGCGGAUCGAGGAUCUGGGUUGGUAGAAUUCAGUCUCCCUUCUCACGUUUGCUGCUUUACGAACUCUGUUCAUCUGAGGAAACCGAUGAAAGGAUAGAUCCAAAAGACCGAAAUCCUCCGACAUAGAUCCAUAUGCGCGCCCUGUUUUUAUCUCUUUUUUAGGUUUUCCCGAAUAGAAGUGAGGGAUCCCGGAGAAGGGAGGGGAGGAACAAGAAGAGAGGUUGGUAGAAGCAGUCCCAUCGAUUUUCUAUAAAAAUAACUGUAUCUAUAGCCGGGAAGGAUGUCUGCAGAUGGAUUUCCUCUCACCUCAUCCACCCUGGGAUUCCAUAAUGAACCAGAAAACCCUAACCCUAAUCAGAAGCAGCAGCCAGCAUCAGCCAGGAAGACCAGGAAGCUCCCCGGAACUCCAGGCAAUUACUCUUCAUACCUCUCUCUUCUUUCCGUUGGCAUAGGUUUAUUUGUUUUAUUUGCUUAUUUUGAUAUCAGUCUCUGGGUCUCUCGCGUGAAUACAGAUCCGGAUGCGGAGGUGAUCGCGCUGUCGCCGAAGACGCUGAUGGCGACGAACCGCUUCAUCUGCGAGAUAUGCAACAAAGGGUUCCAGAGGGACCAGAACCUGCAGCUGCACCGGCGGGGCCACAAUUUGCCAUGGAAACUGAAGCAGCGGACGGGCAAGGAGGUGGUGCGGAAGAAGGUCUACGUGUGCCCAGAGAAAACUUGCGUUCAUCAUGACCCCUCGCGGGCCCUCGGUGAUCUCACCGGGAUUAAGAAGCACUACAGCCGCAAACACGGCGAGAAGAAGUGGAAGUGCGACAAGUGCUCCAAGAAGUACGCCGUCCAGUCAGACUGGAAGGCCCACAUCAAGAUCUGCGGUACCCGCGAAUACAAGUGCGACUGCGGCACCCUCUUCUCCAGGUUCUCUCCUCUUACCUUAAUGAAGCGUCGGAUAUGCUACAACAGUCUUAUGUCAUCUGAUAUAGUGAUCUAAAUUAGAUUGCCAUAGAGUCACGAAAUAUGUUGUGAUAUUUCGUCAGUUCGUGCAUUUUACAUUUCUUCCUCUUUAUCUUCUUCUCCCCCACAACCUAAGACCCUCCUGAACUGGCUUCUGCAGGAAGGACAGCUUCAUUACCCACAGAGCCUUCUGCGAUGCAUUGACCGAGGAGAGUGCAAGGCUUUCUUCCACCGCAGCUGCCGCCGCCAGUGGUCUAUCCUUCAAGAGAAAUGGGCUCAACCAAGGGCAUGAUAUUCUCGACGAGGGGAACCCCCAGCUCCACUCUAUCUACAGACCCUCCUAUACACAUACUGCAGCUUCUCAAGAUGGUCUUCUUCUCGAUCGCCACCGGAUCAAUCUCUCACUCUGGUUGGAUAACAAGGGAGGAUCCAGUCCUCACCUCAACCCGGCGAUGGAGAUGACGCCCGCCGCUGAAUACUUAGCGGCGAGCUCCAUGGGGUUUCCGGAGCUGUUGCAGAUGGCCACUGACGGCUCCCCAUUUGGUUCGUCACAAGUGGUGAAUUAUGAAGUGUGCCCCCUGCCGCAGCAGACCAACGCCAGCCUCUCCCUAUCGAAUUCCUCUAUCUACGGCUUGGCGGAGGAGGAGAGGAAGACGCAUGUGGGAGAGAACCCUCCGUCCUUCUUCUCCUGCAAUAUGACUUCCCGGCAAGAUAGCGCCGCCCACAUGUCGGCUACCGCAUUGUUGCAGAAGGCAGCUCAAAUGGGUGCAAGCACGAACCACCACUCUUCGUCAUCAGCGUCGUCCUCUAGUUCAUCCUUCCUAAGUGGGUUUGGCGGGCUAAUGAGCUCGGCCAAGGGCAUUCAUCCUCCAAUGGAGAACAAGAGCGAGUUCCAGCUGUUCAAUCAGAAUCAGCCAGGAAGCUUCCAUCAAGAUUUUCUGCUGAGCACUUUGCCCCCCGCAUCGUCCAACUCGGGUGGCGUCAUGAUGACGAUGAUGCCGGCCGCUGGCCAUGAGCGACAACAACUAGCAUCUUCAAAGAUGGGAAGCUGGCCACAAGAAGUUGGACGCGGUCUAACCAGAGACUUCCUGGGAGUGGGGGGAGACGAGACGGGACGCCCUUUCCUCCAACAGGAGCUCGCCAAGUUCGCUUCGAUGGAUCCGGGAAUGCACCUGAUGAGCGCCUCCUACAACAGCUUACACUAAAGCCCACUAUUUUUCUUCUCUAUGCGAGAAGAUGGCCAUCUUCUCCUUGCCUUUCCAUUUCAGGAGUAGAAAAACAUCAUCUCCGUGACAAAGGUCUUGACAGUCGGCAUCCUCACAAGGACUGUCUCUUUCGUUCUUGUCGUCCUUUAAUGAUCCCAGUCCAUAAUUUCUCGAAGGCCCCCUUACAGUAAGAACCCUGAUUCUCGUCAGUAGAAAAAUUGUCCCGUUUAGGAUGUGUAGUGCCUGGAGCUACCGGAAACAGGGAAGGUUCUGAAUUAGGCACCUAUGACAUCUGCUUUAGAAUGCACAAUAGUUCGAGAGCCGGUUCGAAAGGAUUCUGAUUGAUCAGAUUCUAUUAUGAACAGUGAAUGUAUCAUGAACAGUGUUCUCUCCGGUGAUAUCAGACGGCUACCACGCCGGCGGGCGGCCUUUGAAUCAUCAAUCACGGCUUCCCAUCCAACUGGUGCCCUGAAAUCGCAGUCACUGUGCAGCGGACGUACCAGCAUCCUCUGACCUUUCCCUUUCUCAUGUGGUAACGGCUGAGUAGGAGUGCACGGGGAUGCUCCUCGUUUCCUGUUCAAUGAGACAGUCUGUUGGGGACGCGUGGGCAGUGCAUUAACUCGAGAAACAAACAGGCUCAUGUGAGGCCGUGGAGAGCGGGGUUUUACACGCUAUGGGAGCAGGCAGGGUCAGGGGAGCCGCUUACGACGGGCGGUUGCGCGUGGGAUGUUCCCUUCGUUGCUGCUCCCGCCGCCGUCUUCCCCAACCUCACACAUCAAAUGUGAUUGGGACCGCCGAAUACCGAGGCGUGGGCGAUGAGAGAGGCGAGGAGCCCCGAGGAGGGUGGAGCCUGUUUAGGGUUUUUUCAUGUACAAACGUGUCUUUCGAAUCCCUGAAGCCCGCCCUACGCGCAUCUACGUAGGUCUAGACACCGUUGAUUUGAUCGUGCUAAUCUUUAUCAAGCAGCUAGGGUUCAUCCGAUAGCAGCAGAUCAGCUGAGGCGUUUCCCGUGAAGACAGCACGCUAACUGUUACCAGCAUUGAAACUCACACUCUUGCAGAUGAUGAAGGAUUAGACAACCAAGCUAAUCACGGGUCUUUGUCCAAUCUACUACGCCGCCGGAAUCGAUACCUUUUCUUGACACCCAAAAGCAAAGAAACAGAAACCCUCCUAAGAUUCCCCCCCUCGUUUUCGCGGACGAAGAGGCUCCACUGCCUUCGUAGGCGCGAAACCAUAGCUUCAGAAGAAAGUUGACUCUCUUUCCUGUAACGCCAAUUAUCUUUACUGUGAAACAUGAAAUAAAACAGGAUCUAAUCUGGAUGGGUUCUUACCUAUUUGGGAUGGAGGUUGCGAAGUAGUUGGGAUGAAUGUAUAAAUAAUUCAUACCAAGCUUCUCACAGAGGUCAAGAUGGAAAUAACGUCUCUUGAUUUAGUGGAAUGUUGGUGUUCUUGAAGAAGGUUUCCGAUAUGCUAAUUCCAUAAUUGCCUGCAUCUUAGAGAGGCGCGUUUGAUUCCUGUAGGUUUUAGAAGUGGGGCUCCUCCCAUAGAUUUUUUAGGGUAGAGUCUUAAAACCAAUGGACGUCUAUUUUACAAUGAAGUGUGUCUAAAAAUUGGCAUCCUCUUAGUGAUUUUUACGCAAGGGAGGUGAGAACUCAAAAUCAAUGGAAAGUUCAGGCAUUCAUACAAAAUCUCCGAGUUUAGUCAACAACUGCCCUUAUUUUCCUCGAAACAUCAGACGACAAGAAUACACGUAUCAUGACGAAGGCACAAACUACAGAGUUCUCCCUCCCAUUGGCAGACUCUAUUGUGACAGAAACAACGCCAGGAUUCUUUAAUAUUAAGGUUUCUGUAGAUUUUUUUUUAAAAAAGGUCUCUAUAAUUACUGUGUUGUGAAUAUAUACUUCGGAGUUCAUGAUUUUGUGGACGAUUAUUCAUGGUGGUAUUCACGGGAUAUUGAUGUCUUUUGUAACUAAGAACUGGUCUGGGAGAAUCAAAUCUUAGAUGUGAACAGCAACCCCUCCCCCUUUUCUCCAAGGAACAUCUAAAAGAAGGAUGGUUUCUUCUGAAUUUAAGCGCCGAUUAAAUGUUAAUUCAAAUGUGCCGAUUAAUGUGGUUAAUGAGCAGUUACAAAUUCUCUCGUCGGUUACGUUGCGAUGUGGAUUUAUUCCAUUAUGAUAUUUCUUUUUCCAUUCUCUCUCUCUCUCUCUCUCUCUCUCUCUCUCUCUCUCUCUCUCUCUCUGUAUAUAUAUAUAUAUCGAUUAUUAGGGUUGGACUAGCUACUUUUAGAUACCAUUACUCUCUAUCCAUUACUACCUUCUUUCCCCACGAGAAACUUUUCAGAUAAUGAAAAUUCAUUACUGAAACUCUGGAACAGAAGGUCGCUUCUUCUUCCUCUUCCUGGUCUUCUUCUCGUGGUUCAUUUAGCGGGGAAGCCGCCUGAGCGAGCGAUGUUCCGAAUGAUGAGUUCAAUCUGAGAAUUGGCUCAGCCUGGGAGAUGAUCGAAUUGGCUUCUUGGACAUCCAUCAAAUCUUGGAGUAGUGGAGACUUGGUUUCUUGUCCAUUUUCAACUGUUGCCAACUCUGUACGGCACUACAUCUAUCAUCGCCUGGUCAAACACAGCCAACUCCGCCCGUUAAAGUUGUCGUUUGAUAGAUUCUGCAAGUUAAGCAUUGACGUUGAAUAUGAUCAUCUGAAGAACACGAAGACACAGGAACAAGACAAGUUCGUGCGCGCUGAUACGACAAACCUGCAAUCAGACGGACUUCGUAGCACUUCCGAGGAUUCAUCUACGUCGACUCUGCGGCACGAGUCUUCGUGGUAUGGAUGAUGGUCCGAUCCCCGUCACCAUAUAUACUGAUGUAUGGCUAUAUAUAUAUAUAUAUUAUAUGUGCAUACACGUAUAAAUUAAUAUUCACAAACCAUCAACCAUAAUAAAGUAUAGUAAUACGAAUACAAGACGCAAGCAAGUUUAGGGGACAAGAUGAUGCCACCGGAUGACUGACCUCACACUCAACUCGCAUGCAUAUAAUAUUAUCCAUAAACCAUCAUCCAUUAUCAUCGAAGUAUAGUAGUUAUAACUUAAGAGGUAAAUUUUGGAGAUAUGAUGAUCACAUUGUAUGGUCAGCCAACUCUCUCUCUCUCUCUCUCCCCUCCCCCCCUCUCCCACUCUCCCAGUCUCCCCUCGAUGUAUAUCCAUAUGCUUACAUAUAGACGAAUAUUUAAGAAUUUUAAAAAAGCCAUCCAUACUGAAUAAACUACAGAGAAAUAAGCGAAAGAUACAAGAUAAAGAUAAGCCCUAUCCCUCUACGUUAUUUGUUGUUGAGAAUACCACUUCUAUUUCCAGACAACUGAAGAGAAACUUUCCCAAUCUUUUUUCAAGCUAAUGGCUGUGAAAUGCCAAGUAGAGCUCAAUACGUGUGAGAUGAAAAUUGAAAAACUACAAGGCUGUAAUCUAAUUCCCACGUCUGCCUGUUUCACGAAUUAUAGGCUUAAAGAGUCUUCGCUCGAUAUGCCAGAGACUUGUAAACAUCAACAAAUUUCAUGGUCUUUACUCAGCUUUAGUGUGAGCACCUACAACGAUGGAUCUUUUCAACAUAUCUAAAGAGUUUAUGUCUUCGAUAGCCCUUAGAAAAGGUACUCCAGAUAUAAUAAAUGGAGAAUAAAUAUCUCUGGAGUUGAGAGCUCGUUGGAAGGGUGAUUCAAACGAGGUUUGAGCCGAUAGUAGACCGCCUCAGAUUUUGGUCACCACGUCGCUCCUCAAGACGAAAAGCUUAGUAGUAAUGAGAUACCAGAAGGAGAGAUGGGAAGAGAAACCAGUGAUGGUUGCUGCUGCCAUUCUUGUUGUGCUCCUCUCCAUCCAUCUCUGUCUCUAUCAUCCUAUUUUCUCACUGCCCAAGCUCACCCUUCAUUAGCCUGGUAUUUUUCAUGUUCUUCAUCUUUAUUUUAGAGAGUUAUCAGGCUCGUACCCAUUAUCAGUAUGGGCUUCUAAGGAGGUAGGCAUAACAGCGGAUGAUCUCCCUGGCAUGCCCUGCACAGUUAUGGGUCAAACCCUAGAAACUCGGAUCCCAUUUUUUCUCACCUCAUGACUGCUCUGGUACUACUUAUUCACUUGAUGAAGCAGCUAGUCCGAACAUCCUAAAAUGGAAGGCUGAAAGUUCAUCUUUUAGGGCUUUUCUGUCGUGUUUGGAUCUUGUGAAUCAAAAUCAGCCUCAUGCCGAUUUUUUUUUUAACUGAUGAAUUGCGGUCUUAGAUUUAUCAACUCAUGCAACCUAAAGUUAGUCUGCCAUGAGUGGAGUGGACAAUCUUCAUAACCGAGGUCAUGGUAAUAUCUGAUGGCCGGUAGUGGGCUGGACCUAGGAUGGGCUUUUGGAACCACCAAGCCACCGGCCCGUUUGGAUAUUGGCCGAGGUCCAAUGCGAGCCUUGGGACGAAGGGAGACCCAAUGCGAGGCUUGGCCCGACUAUCGCCAGGUGGCGCACGUAUAUAAAAAUCAAUCCCAGACAGCUGAUCUUCCAUCUAUUGAUGCUCAAUUCUUAGAGAAUGUACACACAUAUACAGAGCCACAGAGAGAGAGAGAGAGAGAGAGAGAGAGAGAGAGAGAGAGAGAGAGAGAGAGAGGGAAGGAGGGAGGUAGGGAAUGAGCCUCAGCUGCAAAUUUGAGGGUAAAUAAUGUGGCUACUGUUAAAAAAAUAGAGAACUUUCCGCGCGUAUUCAGUCGCAUGGUGCGAGGAAUUUCUCUGGAGGGGGUCUCAUUCUGUCGCCGUCUCCCUCUACGGAUGGGCGCAUGGCGGCCCCUGUUUCACCGACGUCGUUCUCUGGUCAGUACGGUCAAUAAAGGCCGGCGAUGGAGCCAGUCUCCCGCGGGGAAGAUCCGCGGCAAGCCCAGAUUAGAAAAGGGACGAGAUAAAGAAUCAGAAUAUCUACAACUAAACGGGGAGAAAAGAAAAAAGAAUUUUAAUCAUAGGAGGCGACGGAGUUGCCGGCGCUGGAGAUGCUCCCAUGGCUCUCCUCGCACAGAGCGAGGGCGCUCUCGAGGUUGGCGACAAUGUCUGUCAUGGUGGGUCUCUCCCUCCCUUCCAGGCUGACGCAGUGCACGGCGACGUAUGCCAGCAGUUCCACCGCCUCCGCCUCAUUUAGCGGCGCUGGCAGGCCCACUCUCGGGUCUAGCACGGCGGCCACCUCGCCGGCGGCUAUCCUCGGCACGGCGUAGUCCACCACACUGGUGGGGUUCCCGUCUUCUUCCUUGAAUAUCGCCCGCUUCCCUGUCAAGACCUCCAGCAUGACCACGCCGAGCCCGUAGACGUCGCUCUUCACGGUGAGAUGGUGGAGCCCGUAGUAUUCCGGGUCCAUGUAGCCCACUGUGCCCGCUGCCUUCAACGACAGGUGGCCGCCGUCGGAGUUGGGGCCGUUCAGCGACAAUCCGAAAUCCGACACCUUGGCUGUCCAGUUCGCGUCGAGCAGGAUGUUGGAGGAUUUGAUGUCUCUGUGGAUGAUGGGGGGGACGGCGUAGUUGUGGAGGUACUCGAUCCCCCUGGCCGUGUCCAGGAGUACCUUGAUCCUCAUCUUCCACGAGUUCAGGACGCCGCCGCCACCGCCGGAGGAGGAAGAGGAGGACGGGGGGCUGCCGCCUUUGCGGGAGUGGAGGUGGUCGUAGAGGGCGCCGUUCUCCAUGAACUCGUAGACCAGGAGGCGCUCAUCGUCAUCCUCGCAGAAGCCGACGAGGCCCACCAGGUGCUUGUGGUGGAGCCUGGAGAGGAAGAUCAGCUCGGACUGGAAGGCGCUCUCCUUCUCCUGAAACUUCCUGGCCUUGGGCGCAGACUCGCUCCUCUUGAUGGCCACCUCGCGGCCGUCGGCGAGCUUGCCCUUGUAGACCGUUCCGAAGCUGCCAGCACCGAUCUUCGUCUCCAUGGAGAAGUUUUUCGUGGCGGCCGCAAGUUCGUCGAUGGAGAACACCUCGGCUCUGUCUCUGGCCGAUGAGGGCCCGCUCCUCUGCCUGUUCAUUGCUCGCUGAUCCGGGCGCCGGAAGAUCAUCGACCGUGACCGCGACCUCGAUUUGGAGAUCGACCCGAGGGCGAUAGACCGGGGCGCCGGCGGCGCCGUCGUGGCGGAGUUGUCGCUGGGGGAAUUCCCGGCGCCGGUGAUGGUGGGUUGGACCGAAUUGUGGACUCUCUUCUGCCGGCAAACUCCGGCCCAUAUGCAGUAGGCGAUGGUGCAGGCUCCGGCGAAGGCUCCCACUGACCCCACGAUGGCGAAGGCCAGAAACCAUCUGCUUCUUCGUCUGGGAGCCGCCGCCGGCGGCGGCGAUGGUGACUCGGCGAUUCCGCUGCCGCAGGGCCGGCAUAUGACCCCAGAACCACCGCAAAGAUUCAGGGAAUUCGGAACUUCUCCGCAGGAAUCGCAAGACCCCUCUUUCGUGCAGAUUCCCGGAAGGACGUUCCGCAGCGGCAGGAGCGAAACCGAUGAUGGGCUGGUGCUGUUGGAGGCGACCCAGCAGAUCACCGAGAAGUUCCUGGUGGUGACACCGCACGUUAGGUCGCCGCCGGCGACGAUCCAUUCCAUUGACUCGCUCACAGGCUGGUAAGCACUGCCGCCGCCGCCACCCCAGCACACCACCGUGCCAUUGGACUGCUUGAUCGCGCAGCUGUGGCUUCUUCCCACGGCGAGUCUUGAGAACUCAAAGGGCAAAAAACUGGACGGGGGGUUCAGCUGCCCUGUCUCGUUCCUCCCCGUGCAGAGAAUGAAACCUUUCGAGGUGAUGCCGCAGGCGUGGAAGUCGCCGGCGACGAGGGUGGACAUGUUGACAUUUGCGAACCCACUCUGUAUUUCUUCUGCAAGCCUGCCCUCGCUGGCCCAGCAGUUGACUUUGCUGUCGUCCGCGUGAAUCGCGCAGGAGAACCCAUUACCGGAAGAGAGGGACCGGAACUGUCCCGCAACGGUGUCCGGAAACCGGCGCCCCCCUCUCCACCAGCGGAGCCCGCCGCCAACUACAGAGGCGGCGAUGUGGUCCUCCCCCACGGUGAGGCCCUCCAGAGGAGGAGGUCCACGGUAGAGCCGUCUCGGGCUGAGGUCCUCGCCGGCGACUGUCCAGCAGAAGAAGCUCCGCCCUUCUGACCUCAGCCCGCAGAGGAAAUCGCGACCGCCGGAGACGGAGGCGAAGGAGACGUUGGGGAGCAGCUGGAAAGUACGAGAUCCCCUGGCGCAGACGAUGCCCCUCUCCGAUGGCCCUGCGAGGACGCCGCAAACGGUGCCGCUGCCGUGGACGAUGGCGAUAGGCGCCACAGAGCCGUGCGCCUGCGCCGCCGGCGGGCGGUGGAGGAGGAGGAAGAGCAGGGCCGUGGCCACGGCGACGACGGGGGUCGUCAUCUGACGGUCGGAGUGGAGAAGGGGAAGGAAGAGAUCGAAGGACCAACCAUAAGGACGGCGACAGUUACCCACAUGGGCGGCGGCAGCGGCGGCGGCAGCGGCGGCGGCAGUGGGGGAGACGAUGGCGGAGGGAGGAAUUGA